AAAAAAAAAAAAAAUAUUUUGAGAGCAGCUGUUUUUAAGCGGGAAAAUUUAGAUUUGGCGGAAAUGGAGGAAACGAAGGAAACAUAUGUACGCUCUUUGGAGGAUGUGAAGAAUAUAAUUAAAUACGCUAAAUUGGAUGAACGGAAUUUAACUCAAGUUACCCAGGCUCUUUAUUACCCUUCGGAAAGUGUGGUCAGCGAUAACUUGAAAUUACUCGAACUUGAUGAGCAUAUGUUGCAGCAAAUCCGUUCAGGACAAAAAUUAUAUUUUAAAGGAGGGCUUACUGAGAAAGUGGUUUUAUGCACUGAUGAGAAAACUUACGAUGUUAAGGGUGCAGAGAUUUCCAAUAGCCUGUUACUAGUGCCAGAAUUAAAAUUUGGUGCCGGUACAAGUACGUCUCCCUUAAAAAGUCCUCGUAAUGCAGCCAACAAUUCAUUAGAAAGAAGUCUCAAUGAUAGCACGGAAGACGAUUUGGCUUUAGAUCGUUCUUUGGAGCAAAAACAAAUUUUAAACACUUUUCAUGAGUAUUUGGAGUGCCGGGAAAUACGACCACGUUUUCGUAAAUUAGGGGAUCUACUGCUGUUGACCCGCUACUCCGGGCCGGAAAAUGAAGAAUUUAUUGAUCGUAAAUUCCUGUUUAGUUUCCAACAAUUACAGGAUACCAUACAAUGCAGUCGUAAGCAGUUCAUGGAGGGUUUGCAAAAAUACAGGGCCAUUGAAUUACAAGGCCAUAUGCGAAUACUAGAGUCUGAAUAUGAAUAUAGAAUAAUUAAUUUAAUGGUCGGUUUAAUAAAUGAAAACUCUUGGAUUAUUGACGAGGUGGAGAAAGAAGAAACGAUGAAUGCUCUAAUGGGAAUUGCUCCGCAAGAAAUUGUAGAGGGCUUGUUCGAAAUUUACGCAAUCCCAACAAGGGGCAAAGAAGAACGUUACACCUACAAGGAAGAUUUGGUAGCACGUAUAGUGGCGCAAUUUAUUUUACAACCAGGGCUCAAGUUUAGAGUGGAUGAAUUUUUAAGCUCUUGGCAAGAGGCUUUGCCUGACGGCAUGAAAUGUGAAGAAAAAUAUUUACGCGGUUUGGGCAUAUUUGAUAAAGAAGGUUCGAUUGCCUUCAUACGUUCGUUGAACGAAGAAAAUUUACCAUUAAAUAUACAUGAACGAAUGAGAUUACUCUUUAAAACUAAAUCAAAAUGGACUUUGGAGGAAAUAGAGCCUUAUAUAGAAUAUUUCACUACCGGAGUCUUAAGUGCUUCCACUUUAAUGGCCAAAUAUGCCAGAUCUCUAACGGAAGAUGGUAUACGAUACUACGUAGCCAAGCAUUAGCAACGUUAUUUUUACAUCUUUGUUCUCCUAAUAUGCAUCAUUUUGGCUCUCUUUAUAUCUUCUAUAGCAUUUUGCAUGAGUUUUAUCGCACUGUGUUCUGGAUUUUCUUCAGAAUUCAAAGUCAGU